AUGUCAACGACUCCUGUCCUUUUUACCUUUGCAGAAUUCACACGCUCUCAAGAAUUUCCUUACAUUUUGCACCUCUUCCCAGUUCUCUCGCCCGAAUCGUGGUCAUUCCUAUGCCUUCGCCACGAUAGCGUGACGGUUUUUACGAUACGCCUCGUCACCGAAUCUAGCGCCGGUGUUUCCCGCGCCUGUGAACUUUCGCCCAUGGUGUCCACACCAAGUCGUUUCGCAACGAUCCUUAUUUCGCUGCAUUUGCAAGUUGCCGUUUGGCUCUCUUUCCCACUUGACGUCAUUACAACAAUGACUGCGUUCGGCUUUGGCAUAUGGCUUGUGUGCAGCAUCUCUUGUUUUGCUUAUUUAUUUCGUGUGUCGAGGGAAUGA